UGGUAAACAAAAAUCGGUAUAAAAAUAGGCACAAAAAGUGUUUCAUUCAAUUGCCAGUUUUUAGUCGAGAGAAUUUUCUAAAGAUGGCAGCUCUUUCUUGGCUUCUACUCAGCUUUUGUGCUGCUGCAGCUUUUUGCAGCGAACCCAUGGAAAAUUCAGGCAUGUUUGAAGGUGACAUGAUCCUUACUGAGGAGCAGAAGCAAGAUUUCCUUUACGGUUCUCCCAACUACCAGAUUCCACUUGCAGCCACAAAGACAAACUUGUGGCCUACCACGAUUCCAUACAGUAUGGACUCUUCUAUUGCUUCGUCGUCAACGGCUAUGUCAGCAAUCAACGCAGCAAUUGCCGACUACCAGAGGCUAACCUGUUUGAGGUUCGUGAGAAGAACCAACGAACCUGGCUAUCUCCACUUUUACAAGGGAGGAGGGUAAGAGUGGGUUUUUCAUGAUUUUGUUU